UGUAUGUGUACUGUAUGUGUGCUUGUGGUAUUGAAGAUGUCUGUGUAUAACACUCUAAAACAAUACAUUAUUAACGAACAUUGUACUUGUGUGGUUCCCGAUCAAUAUCGGUACUCCCUGGCUCACAAAAUAUUAAGUAUUCUAUGGGAAUACAUCCCUGUGCAUGAGGAAGGGCGUUCCAUGUUCGGACUUCCUUCCGUCAUAUGGAGAUAAUUCACAACGAACUGACAACAUUGACAUGAGUUCAAUAACGUACCCAUACGGGGCUUGGUUUUGAAGACCCUGAUUGAGUUUUAGCUUUGUAGGAUCUGUCUUGGGAAGGGUGUUUGGAGGGCCACUGAGUUAGGGAAUCGGAGUGAAGGAGACAAGAUGCCAACGCCCCUUGUUCCCACCACCACAAGGCAGUGUGUACCGGAAGUGUUCCAUGUGCCACAUGUGGAGACUGGGUUCCGUACCCCUCACCAGCCCUGGCGCUACUACCUUUACAGCUUUUUCCAGAAACACAAUGAAUGUGUCAACUGCUGGACCCACUUACUGGGCAUGUUCUUGGCACUCCUCCGGGCCGCACAGUUCGCACAGAACCACAGCAUGAUUGGAGAUCCCCACAUGUGGCCCCUUACGGCAGGUCUGAUCACCAUGGUGCUGAUGUACCUGUGUAGCACGGUCGCUCAUUGUUUCUCCAACAAAUCAGAACUUGUAUAUUACACAGCCUUUAUGAUAGACUAUGCGGGUAUUGGACUAUUCGGGGUAGGCAGUGUCAUCCUCCAUCACCACUAUUGCCAUGACGACCCCUGGUUGAACUCGUGGCUCCAGGCUAACGCUGUGGUGCUGAGUGUUGUUAUGGGUAUGCUCGUGUGUUUGUGCUGUAGCGCCUCCCUGUUCCUAUACGAACCACCCUAUCCUUUCGCGCGGACAAUGUGGCAGAUGUCGUCCGUGAUCUCCAUUUAUCUGUUGAACACAGUUCCAAUCGUACUCCGGCUUGUCCAGUACGAUAGGGUUGACCUUUGGCACUCCAGUCUGGACCACCACAUACAACAUAUGAUUUGGUUUGCUGUGGCAGGAUUCUUCUUCAGCUCGGACGUUCCUCAACGCUUCUUUCCCGGGAGGUUUGACUUUGUCGGCCACAGUCACCAGAUUUUCCACCUUUGUAUCAUCAUGGUGACGGAGAAACAGCUAGACAGCAUCACCCACGAACUGGAGCGACUCGCACCGAAGUUUUCUACCAUGGCUCUUCCUACUUUCUGGAACAGUAUAGGAGCGGUGAUUCUGGCGAGUUUUUUCAACGGACUUGUGGUUGUGUUUUGUCAUUUCUACGUUAGAAAUAUGUUAGAUAAGAAAAAGAAGGUUGAGUAGGUAUACAAUGAGUUUUGGGACAUUUGAGUCCUGGAUUCAUGCUUUUCCUAUGAGAUUCCACGUCAUGUUUUAGUGGCGGGACUCGACUUAUUUUAGAAGUGGGAUAAUUGGUGUUCUGGGAGAAUCCUGCACUAAUUACUGGUAUAAGAUAUAAAGCACUGUGAUAUUUACGUCAACUGUUUUAAGCACGUAAUCAUGCAAUUUUUGUUACAUUCUUAAUACAUUUAUAGGUUUACAUAAUGUAUAUAUAUGACGUUUGAUAAAGUAUUUAUAUAAUAUGA